CCGCUUCUGACAGUUUGAGUUGCUAUUUUGCUGACGAAGGGUGCAUCAGAAUUUUGUGAUCUUCUCUUGUACAAAAUAAUUUACGACGAAGCAAACGCCUAUCACUCUACUGUGGUGUCAAAAAAGAAUAAACCAUCACGACGGGAACAAAAGAUAAGUGCACUCCUCGAGUAGGUAGUUAGCUGUUUGCUGGUGGAUCUAUCUCCAAGCUUUUCUGAGCUGCUAAUUGGGUACAAGUUCGAAACGGCAGCAUAUCCAAUAAGGCGUAUCCCAUUCUUCGGGAUCAGCGAGUGGUUAAAGGGGAAGAAAUUUUCCACGCCAUCAAAACACUACCUAUAGAAGAUCCGUCGCUGAUUAAGGAUAGCGAAGUGCCGUCAUGGAGAACAACGGAACCAGUGAAGAACAGCUGCAGCAAGCGGACCAACAGCAGCAGCCUCCACUCUUCGAUAAUGUGGAUAUCACAUCGCCGGACGACGAGAACGAGAACGAUAUCUUCGAGUCCGCUAUUCAGGAACCACUUUCACCCGUGUUGGAGGAUGUCCCAACGGACGAGGCAGGCGAUGCAUUCAUCGAAAUCUCUGUUUCCGAUCCGCAAAAAGUCGGCGAUGGUAUGGGAUCGUAUCUUGCCUACAAAGUUUCCACGAAAACCAACAUACUAAAAUUCAAGAAGCGCCAAUUCUUCACGAUGCGUCGCUUUAGUGAUUUCCUUGGGCUGCACGAUCUGUUGGUGAGUAAGUACCUUCGAUUGGGACGCAUCAUUCCGCCGGCGCCAGAGAAGAACAUCAUCGGCACCACCAAAGUUAAAAUGGGUAGCCAACCGCAUAGUGAUCCGGGUACUGGAAUCAAUUUAGAAUGGGUAGAAAACCGGCGAGCUUCGUUGGAACGGUUUUUGAACCGAGUGGCCCAACAUCCGUUCCUGUGUCAGGAUACGGACUUUGUAAAUUUUCUCGAAAGCGACCAAGAAUUGCCACGUGCCGUCAAUACCGCUGCACUGAGCGGGGCUGGCGUCAUGCGCUUGUUCAAUAAAGUUGGUGAAACGGUCAACAAAAUCACCUACAAGAUGGAUGAAACCGAUCCGUGGUUCAACGAUAAAAUCAACGAAGUAGAAAAUAUUGAUGCACAUAUGCAAAAGUUGCACUCGGCCAUCAAGGCGCUGGUUACCCAUCGACGAGAGCUGGCAACCUUGACGGGAGGUGUGGCGAAAUCAGCGGCUUUGUUGAGUACUUGCGAGGAGCAUACUGGACUUUCGCAAGCUCUUUCCCAGUUGGCUGAUGUUGAGGAGAAAGUGGAACUCCUGCGAUCUGAACAAGCCAAUUCCGACUUAUACAUUCUUUGCGAGACUAUCAAGGACUACAUUGGACUGUUUGGCGCUAUCAAGGACGUAUUUCAUGAACGAGUAAAGGUAUUUCAGAACUGGCAGCAUGCACAGAUGCAACUGACGAAAAAGCGAGAAAAUAAGGCCAAGUUGGAACUCCAAGAACGGAGGGACAAAUUGGACUUUGCACAGAAAGAAGUGGAAGAGUGGGAGGGCAAAGUACAACGCUGUCAAAAGGAGUUCGAUAACAUUUCCAGCGAGAUCAAAAAGGAGAUGGAGCGCUUUGAAUUGGCUCGUGCGCGCGACUUCAAAUCGACGAUCAUCAAAUAUCUGGAAGACCAGAUGGCACAUCAGCAGCAGCAAAUGAAGUACUGGGAAGCGAUCGUGCCGGUGGCCAAAGAGAUUGCCUGAGACGAACUAAACGCAACGAACACAAUCAGUACUGACGAAAACAAUAGUAGGAAACUGACAAAUACACUGCGUCUCUCGAUCAACCUGGCCGACGCCAACGCAAGAAUUUCCUAGAUUUCUCCAUUGUUCUUGUAGACUCGCAUUUUCGUUGCUGGCGGAAUAAACACAUAAGGUAGAAUAAGCAAAACCUUCGGAGCGCAUUGCCAGUGAGAGUGCGACACAAAAUUCAUCCUUCUUUCUCAAUCGUUACGAGCCAUCAUCAUACAUAUACUAAAAUUCGGUAUAGCUGCUUAGUGAACCUUUCAGGGCGAUUUCGGAUAGCGGAGCUCGUUCUAAGUCAAAAACGACCAAUGUUGAAAUGUUUGUUUUCUCUUUAUUUAUGGCAGAAGUUUUUGUACAUAAAUUAACUUGAUUUUUGAAUAAAUCUGAGCCUGUGUUUAUUUGCAGAUCAAAUGCAGGACAUAUCAAGCAAAAUGCUGAUAUAAUCGUUUCGAGAUCUAUAAUGUACAUAGUUAAACCGAAAGUACGUAUUGCGCUUUGGAAUUUCAGAACAAUUACAUGUUCGGUCAAUCAUACACGCGAUAAUUUAUAUUUCGCGAAUACCUGUCUCGAAUGUUAAUCAUCUUAUUCAGCUAUAUUGUUGAACGGUUCAAAUUUGCAGAAAUACUAAGACGAGCUCUAUAGAUAGGCUAUUUAUUAAUUUCUGAUCUGUCUAUGAAUGGUUUUGUUUGAAUUUGUAUGCAUCCAUCAUAACUGCGAACAUCAUUGAAUAGUACUUUUAAGCAUAAAAGAUUUUUAUAUCUCUUCUUAAAGCAUUGAAAUCUAAUCAGGUCGUAGUGCGCGACAAUGGACUAAUCGAAGUUCAUGUGUAGACAAAUUGAUAUAGAACAAAGUGAUAUAUCUGUAACAUAAAAAACAUGCCGUUUUACGCAAUUUUUAUGCUUGCAUUUAUGAUCUCGAUCUGCAUUAAACUUAUACUUAUUUCCCGUCAACACCAUUAGAAUGCAUACAAUUCAUUGCGUCCGAGCUGAACAAUCAACCAUAGCCAGAACUGAAUAACAAACGCGUAACUAAAUUUACCAAAACAUUCCGUACAUCUUUGUUUACUACAAUUGCUUUGAAUUAUACAUUUACAUCAAUCGAUGGUAGGCCUUUAUAGAUACAAUUUUAUACAUUUUUCUCAUUUUUCUGCGUUUCAUCCAAUACACACAUACUGUUGAUUGAAUUUAGCGCUAAUUAUAGUUUCUGUAUGUGCUAUGUAAACUAGCGUGAUAAAAUAAUUGAUUGUCUAUAUAUAUUUCAUACACCGAAAACAAAUGUAUAACAAAGAAUAAAUUAUUGUUAACUAUUUCUCUUUGAAAAAGUAUAUAUCUGAGAGCUAUUAAAGAAAUAAACAUUAAGUGAUUGAAA